AAAGUUAUUUAUUAAAAGUGUCUAAACCAACAUAGAUUAGUUUUACAUUUUAGUAAAUUCUCAAAAAUCUGUUCCACCGAUUUUACUCAAACGUUCUCAAAACUAGAAGCUCACUCGCGCCAUACCGGAUGCUGACAGGACAUCAAAGUUCCGUGUAAUGGCAAAAAAAAAUAAGAAUAACCUUAAAACCCGGAGGAGCCCUAAAAUUCCUCCAAGUGAGAAUGAAUGGAGCCCUAGUCGAUGCUGGCCUGCGCGAGAGGUCGGAUGGCAGCGCGCGGAGCCACGGAUGCAGGCGCCGGCGAGAAUGAUUGGCGAGUAGAGGCGCGGGGCUGGAUUGAUUUAUGACUUGGGCGAGAGCGAGGAGUCGAGUUAGCGAUUUUUCCAUGGGUAUUGGAGCCAAUGCAGCGGCAAGGAUUGAACGAGAGCAUUCGUGUGCUGCUGUGGAAAGGCUUGUAGGAGAACUCAGGCAAGAGGUAGCUUUUCGUGAUAAACGGAAGAAAGAGCUAGAGUUUCUAGAGAAGGGAGGUAAUCCGCUUGACUUUGAAUACGGCGACUUAGUUUCUUUGCCAUCUACUUUAUCGGUAGUUUUAAGUGACUCCGAGGCCAAGGAGAGAAAACUUUUCGUUCUUCAGAAUAAUAUUCAUCCCAAGCACGGGAUCUUGACAGAGUUGCUGGUGUCAAGACUCCAAAGGAACGGCGAAUUUAACGAGCCGAUCAAGCAGGUGUUGCGGAGAGGAACUCUGUCGAGUAUUGUACGAGUAAAAGAAGAGAAGUCCGGUACACCACCGCCCACAAUUGUAGCUGAUCCAAAAGCUGAGAAUGGAUCGUGCGCGUCAUCUCACUCCAUAGACGCUAGAGUCUCAAGCGUGGAAGCAACAACAGUAUCUAAGAGUCCGUUGCAGGAAGGUAACAGGGAAGAAAAGAAUGGCAUCGCCAGCCAGGAGGACAUUAAAGAAGAAGGAAGCGAACUUGUUGUCACAGAGAAAAAAAGCGAAGAAGAAAUUCUUGGCGCUGCAAUAUCGAUCAAGGCUGUCGCGGACUCUGCUGCUAAGAAACCUCUGUCGGCUCCUCCAACACAAAAGUCUCAUUGGGAUUUUGUGCUGGAGGAGAUGGCUUGGAUGGCAAAUGAUUUCAUGCAGGAACGACUAUGGAAAGCUAGCGCAGCAGCUCAUCUUUGUAGAAGCGCAUCUCAAGCUCCGUUUUGGGCCACUGCUGAGGCGUUCACAAAGUCGUCAACUGAUAUAGCACUGUCCAAGGACACUCAAAGGCUUCCUUUUGAAAACUAUGCCAUCAAGUUUUUAGCAAAUACGAUGGAAUCGCCACCUAGUUUGAAGGCUCCAUGCACGCCAGAACUAAAGGAACGAGCUGUGUCUUUAAGCAAUUUGCCUUUGCCGCUCCAUUAUAUCAUACCUCCCGGGGUUGCCGAAGCAUACAGAACAUACAUAGAAGAUUCAUGGGCAUCUGCCUAUGAUUAUAAUUCACGAAGGCAAAGUUCGCAAGAUAGUGAUUCCGAACUGGAAGAUGAUCUUUUGAAACUUGACAACGAUGUCAGUUAUGCGACUGGUCUGAAAAAGAAGAGAAGGCAACAAGACGAGUUCAACUACAUUAUACCUGCGAAAAAACAACGGACAGUGAGCAUUCCAGGCCGACAACGCUCCGAUAAGAAAUCAAAGAAGUUAAAGUCAAAUAAAUCGACUAAGGGAACGGAUUCUGAGAAUGAAUGGGUACCAGAAGCAUGCUACUCUGAGAAGCAGCCCAAGCGUAAACGGGACCAGUUUUUUGGGAACAAAUCAACUGAUUUAUCUGGAUUUAAAAGGCCUAAACUUUCAAAUCUAAUCAGCAGAAAAAGCAUUUUACGAAAGCAGGGAGAAUUUUGUUCUAAUGGGACCGGAAAUGGGAGUUCCUGGUCAUCGCUUGAGGAUCAGGCGAUACUUGUGUUGGAGCACGAUUUUGGUGGCAAUUGGAAACUACUCAGUGACAUUCUCAACAAUGGGAGCCAUAUCAAGGGGCAUUUUCGCAGCUCAAAAUCUUGCCAAGAGCGGCACAUGUUUCUCGAAGAAACAGCUGGUGAUCCAAGUGUUUGGGGAAUUCUUAAAGGAUCCGCGAUGCUGCUACUGCAAAAGCUGCAGGGACCCCUGGAACAUGACACCUUGAAGCUGCACUUUGAAGAAAUUGUGAAAGCAAAGCAAAGAUAUGCUUCCGCGCAGCGGGAUCAACCGCCUGAAACCGUACAGCCUCACGAAUCACAUGUGGCCAUCAUUGCUCAAGCUCAGAGGAGCAAAGGGCGAUUUUUAAGUCCACUAGAUUUUCCCGAAGAUCAAGGAGAAUCGAAACCAGGUGGACGAUGCGUCAAAAGAGAAACUGCAUCGGAACCAAAAACUUUACCUUCUCAGGCGAGGAACCCCCAGGAGAAGAAUAAUAACGACACAAAAGACGGCCCAAGUAGUCAGCCCUCUUCAAAGCCCGAUGGUCAGAAAAUCGCUAGAAACGGUCAAGUUGGAAGAAAAGCUGGGACCCAGAAGCAGCAGAUACAAAGACCGAAUCCGGUGAAUAGUGUUAAGCAGGAGCCGCUCCAGAGAAUAUCUAGCGACGCUGCCAAGAUAGAACAGCAGCCACAAACGAUUCAAGCACAGCAGCCACAUGCGAUUCAAGCACAGCAGCAGCAGCCACCACAGAGAAACUUUUCUCUACAGAAACUGGAAUAUCGACAAGAGCAACACCAACCGCAGCAGCUCUUGGGGAUCACUCCAAGACCAACCUUUCAACAAAAGCAGAAGUUACCGGCGUGUUCUACUUCUACUUCUCAGCAGCUGCCGGCUCACAAGUCUUUCGCGGAGCAGCACCACCAACACCAUUUUUCCAGGCCGCCACAAUCGAUGCAGCAGUCGAUCCAGCAGCCGGGCUUCCACUACAACAGUCGAUGCUUUGCUGCCGGACCGGGGCCUCAAGCUCGAGCUGCUGUUGCCGCUGGUGCUAUACGUGCUCAAGCUCCCGGAGGACAGUGGAGGCCAUCUCAAAGCUCGGCUCAUACUUACAGCCAUGCUGUGGACGCUCCGGCCUUUCGCUUCCAGAACCAAAGCUCCGGAAGACCGAUGAAGCAAGCUCAGAGAUCACUUGCACAGCAUCACCAGCAAGCAGCGCAGCCACAACAGUGUGGAGUUUCGUAUCUUCCGUCUUCCAUGACCGGGGCAGUGCGGUAUCAAGCGUCUCACGCGGCCGUUCCUGCAAAGACAUGGAGUCCUUCGGAGAGGCCCACUGCUGGAACAGUGGUAACAUCGUCACCUCCAACAGCAGCAGCAGCAGCAGAUCCUCCUCCAGCAAGCUGUAAAUAAUGUGAGCUGAGGAAGUUCUCGCUUUUCGUUCUUUGGUUCUUUGCUUCCUUUCCAUUCGUCUGUGUUGAGUGUAAAUUUUUGUGCCGUGUACAUGGCCCGGACCUAAAGAGAGUUUCUUUUUGCUUGACAACAUAUGUUUCUUACGUGGGCUUUGCAUUCCGUUAUACAAAUGAUCCUCGGUGAACUUUGAGAGACACACGGAGUGAUCUUUCUUUUCCAA